AUGGUUCUCAAAACUGAACUCUGCCGAUUCAGCGGUGCAAAGAUCUACCCGGGAAGAGGCAUCAGAUUUAUUCGAAGUGAUUCUCAGGUGUUCCUCUUCGUGAACUCGAAAUGUAAGAGGUAUUUUCACAACCGCUUGAAGCCUUCAAAGCUCACAUGGACUGCCAUGUACAGAAAGCAACACAAGAAGGAUAUUGCUCAAGAAGCUGUAAAGAAGCGACGCCGUGCUAACAAGAAGCCAUACUCUAGGUCCAUUGUUGGUGCUACACUGGAAGUCAUACAGAAGAAAAGAGCUGAGAAGCCUGAAGUUAGAGAUGCAGCCAGGGAAGCUGCUCUGCGUGAAAUCAAAGAGAGGAUUAAGAAAACAAAGGAUGAGAAGAAAGCCAAGAAAGCAGAAGUAGCAUCAAAGGCCCAAAAGUCAGGCAAAGGCAAUGUCCAAAAAGGAGGUUUGCCCAAGGGUCCAAAAUUGGGUGGUGGUGGCGGCAAACGUUAA